CGGCCACUGGAAGAGACAUAAGAAGAAAACAUGGAGAAGACUGUUAAAGAUCAUCUGGUCGACAUAUUUGAUGAUCUGGAGAGUGUGAAAUUAAAUAGAUUUAAAGACAAAUUGCGCGAUCGAAGGGAAGAACCACGCGUCCGCCGAGCCGCGGUCGAUAAAAUUGAACACUCAUUCGAACUCGCAGAUCUGAUGAUAAACAUUUUCACAUCCAACAAAGCUCCGGCAGUAACAAUUGAAGUUUUAGAAGCAAUUGGGUGUAAUCAACAAGCAGAGGACCUGAAAAACGCCCUAGGACAAUCAGGACCUCAAGGCAGAGCCGAACCUUCGCCAGGAGGCGCAAGUGCGCCGUCUAAUGGUCAACAUUUCGUUGAUACGCAUCGGAAAAAGCUAAUAGAUCGAGUUCAUAACGUGAACUCUAUUCUGGAUGAACUUCUUCAGAGGAACAUCAUCACUCAUGAGGAUUACAAUAAAAUCCGUGCUAUAGCCAUUUCACAAGAUAAAAUGAGAGAAUUAUAUUCUGGUCCAUUAAGAUCUGCUGGAACUGCAGGGAAAGAUGCUUUAUAUGAUGCUCUCAUGGAGUCAGAAAGGUUCUUAAUGGAAGAACUUAAGAAGUGAAAUCUUUAAAAAAUUAAGCAUCUGAUUUUUUUUAUGUUUUGGGUUUUAAUUCUUGUUGGGUCUUUUAUUAUAUGGGAUACAUUAUGCAUUAUCACGUACAUAACCUUCCACAAGUACUGAUGUCAUCUUUAUAAAACUUUUUAUCUCACACCGCAAUGGCCAAAUUUUGUACAAUAUUUCCUUAGUUUAUUAGUUUUUUAUUGUUUAUCAAUAAA